AUGAAGCCGGUAGAGCGGAUCCGAGAGGUGCUGGACCUGCACCUCAAGCAUCGCAGCGCGCUGGCCUAUGGCCUGGUGACGCUACUGACGGCGGGCGGCGAGCGCCUGUUCUCGGCCACGGCCUUCCAGUGCCCCUGCAGCGCCACCUGGAACCAGGUCUACGGCCUGUUCUUCCUGCUGGCGCCCGCCCUGGCGCUGCUGCUGCUGAGCAUCACGCUGAGCGCGCGCGUGGGCCGCCUGUUCACCGGCCGCACCGCGCGCGCGCGCGGUCGCGGCUCGCGCGCGGCCUGCGUGUGCGUGAACGUGGUGUUGACCGCCACGCUCGCGCCCUGCACCUGGGUGGCCGUGGCGCUGCUCGGGGGCUCCUUUUACCAGUGUGCGGCCAGCGGGACCCACUUCAUGGCACGCUUACUGUGCCCUGGUCGCGACCCCAACUGCUCCGCCGAGCUGCCGCUGGUGCCCUGCAACCAGGCGCGUGCGGCCGACGUGCAGGCCCUCCUGGGAGAGCUCCGGGCGCAGUCGCAGGUGUUUGGCAUAGGCCUGAUAACAAUUGCUGUCAUCGCCCAUCUGUUGUAUACAUCUAUCACCCAGUGCCGAUCUCCAGUUAGUUUUAUGCAGCUAAAAUUCUGGAAAAUCUACUUGAAACAGGAGCAGCAGCUCUUUAAAAGUAAAGCCACAGAGCAUGCGAUGGAACUGGCAAAAGAGAAUAUUAAAUGCUUCUUUGAGGGCUCACGUCCAAAACACUGCCAUACCCCAAGCCCUAAAGACUGGCAGCAAAUUUCAUCACUAUAUACUUUCAGUCCAAAUUUCUACAGCAUGUUACACAAAUAUGUUAACACAGAUGAAGAGAAUGACAGUAUCAAAUCUUCUGAAGGAGUUGUAGCCACUGCUGGUCUUGACUUUGUAGAUUCGCCUGAUAUGAACAGCAAUCUUGAGUUAGAGACUUGUGAAUAAGUAGAAAAAAAGUUAUUUUGAAUUAUUGCUUUAAAA